AAGCAUCGUUAGCCGGUUGAGCUGCGGAAAGGGCGGCUGGAAAACGGACCAGCGUUUUGCAGCCGAACCGUCCUCCAAAGGAAAAUGAACGAAGCGAUGAGGAUGGGAUUGUGCGUCAUCCUCCUGGAUGUGCUCCUGUGUUUGGCUCUGUGGGCCGGGCUGCUGAUGCUGAAGUGCUCCAGCUGUGGCGGUCUGGCAGGACUGUGGCUCUUCGGCCUGAUGAAGUGGGCUUUCCUUCAUGUUUUCACCUCUGCGGUGACAGAUGGAAAGCUACGGACCGUGCUGUGCAGGUUUUCAGCGCUGCUCUGCCUUCUGUCUCCUGUGUUAGAAACCGGUCGGGUCCUUAAGGCGCCUCCAUCUGAGCCGUACUCAGGACCGUCCCCUGACCUCAGCAUGCUGUUCCUGGGUGCAGUCUCUUCAUCAUUGGCCUGUGGGAUUUGGGAAAACUGGCUCAGUGGGGAUAAAAAGAUGAAAGACGACAAAUUAGAUACAAAACAAAUUCUACUGAGGGUGCUGACGUACUUCAAACAAGACACUCUUUAUCUGAUUGCAGCUUUCAGUUUCCUCAUCCUAGGAGUUCUAUGCGAUACUUACAUUCCUUUGCAUCAGGGAAAAGUCAUUGAUAUUCUCAGUGGUCAAGAACUUCAAACUGGUUUUGGUUCUGCAGUCGGCCAGCUGGUGCUGAUUUCAGUUGGAAGCGCUGUGUUCUCUGGAAUGAGAGGAGGAAUUUUCAUGCAUUCACUGUCCAGACUGAACAAGAGACUGAAGCUUCUGCUGUUCCACAACGUCCUGCAGCAGGAGGUGCACUUCUUUGAGGAGAACAACCCAGGAAAACUUUCCUCCCGUCUGCACAGCGAUGUUGACAGGAUGGGCCGCACCGUGGCGCUGAACGCCAACGCGAUGGUUCGCAGCACGGUGAAAACCUUCCUCAUGCUCAGAGUGAUGUUGGGUCUGUCGUGGGAGCUCACUCUGCUGACCUGCAUGGAAAUGCCACUCCUGGCAAUAAUGCAAAAUAAAUACAUCAGCUUGUCCAAGGAGCUGAAAGAACAGACCCAGGAGUGUCACGCUCAGAACAAAGACCUGGCCUCUCAGGCGGUCAGCGGGAUUCGAACGGUCCGCAGCUUCAGCGCGGAGAAAGAUGAACUGAGGAGGUAUUCUGUGGCUCUGGACGAGCUCUGCGCCAUCAAGACACGCUCUGGAGUUUACAGCGCAGUCUAUCUGUUAAUACGAAGGAUGGUGUCUCUGGGUAUAAAGAUGCUCAUGCUGAUUCAGGCUCGCAGUCUUGUCGCCUCCGGGCAGCUCAGCAUCGGGAGUCUCGUGUCCUUCUUCUUGUACCAGAAGCCCAUGUCCAUCAAUUUAAAAGAGAUUAUGUAUUGCUACGGAGAGACGAUGUCAACAGUUGGAGUCAUUUCCAAAGUGCUGAGUUAUCUCGACCGGACACCAAAGUGUGAGAAGGAGGGAGACUUGGCUCCUGAGAGGCUGGAGGGCAAAAUCGUUUUCCAGAACGUCACCUUGAGUUAUCCCUCUUCUUCUUCAGACAAACCAGCUCUGAAGUCCGUCUCACUGGAGCUGCAGCCGGGGCGGGUCACAGCUCUGGUGGGUCCCUCCGGCGGUGGAAAGACCUCCUGCGUCAGCCUCCUGAAGAGGCUUUAUGAGCCUCAGGAGGGUCAGAUCCUGCUGGAUGGGGCGCCGCUGCACCACUACAGACAAAAAUACCUCCAUCAGAAGGUAGCUCUGGUUUCCCAGAACCCCGUGCUGUUUUCUGGUUCUCUGAGGUCCAACAUUGAAUACGGCCUGAAGGACUGCACUGUUGAAAAGGUGAAAGAAGUCGCAAAGAAGAUCAACGCUCACGAGUUCAUAUCUGAGAUGGAGAACGGAUACGACACCGACAUAGGAGAGUGCGGAGGCAAACUGUCCGAGGGGCAGAAGCAGAGCAUCGCUGUGAUCCGAGCUCUGAUUCGAGAUCCGCAGGUCAUCGUUCUGGACGAGGCCACGAGCAAACUGGACGUUAACGCAGAGCAGGCGGUGCUGAGGGAGGCUCUGGCUCGCGGGCGGACGGUUCUGCUCGUGGCUCAUCAGCUCAGGAUCGUGGAGAAGGCCGAUUGCAUCGUCUUCCUGGAGGACGGGUCGGUCCGGGAGGAGGGGACGCACGAGGAGCUGAUGGAGAAGAAAGGACGAUACUAUCGUUUAAAGGAGCAGCUGUUCUCCGAGAACAGCUGAAGGUUUCCUGUUUGUAAAUAUUUACUCCUCGGCUCGUACGGACAUUUUUACAGUUUCUGCAGGUUGGGUUUGUGUGACGGCUUCGAGCUGAAGGCAGGAAUUAGAGCACGGUAACGACCGGAUGAGUUAUUGUUUAACUUUUUAAUUCUACUAAAUAUGAAACGUUGGAAGUUUCUCUUUGAUGCCACCAGGAACCUUUUUACCAAAAUCAAGGAAAAAAUCAAAUUAUUACAGUAGGAAAUUAAAAGAAUUGGUGUUGAAAAGUACAUUUAUUUUGAAUAAUUAAAAUAUUUUA